AUGGGUCUGGAGGCGGCCACAAAUAAAGGUACGGGUGUGCACACAAUGCACAUUAGGAGGAGGCCGCGCAUGAGGCGGAAACGUCUUGCCAUUGCAUGCGUGUUGUUUAUUUGGUUCCUCUUUACUUUUUGGCCACCCGCUGUGGUUUUAUUUUGGGAGGGAAAAGGUAUAGAAACACAAUUGCCAGUAUCGCAAGCACGCCUGCAACCACUAUUUCCUCCUUCCUCCAGUGGCGGUAGUAGUGCACAUGCCACGGCCAACUCAGCACGAGUUCAAAUAGACACAAACGACGAAGCAUUUGAUCGUGAGGCUAUUCUUCUUGUGAAGAUGAGUCUGCAACGGCAAAAAAGGACGAUGCCCGAGCUGCUGAAACAAGUAUUAGGCAGAGGGGUUCUGCGCUGCGCACUAGUUUCUUCAUGGGCUAUAAAAGCGUGUUCAAUGGUGUUCCGUGAAGCCUAUCAUAAUCCGCCCGGGCAGGGAAGAGAUGCGCCGGUCACAGUGUUGUUCCCAUCGAAUGGGAGUUGCCACGGAACGAACACCAAGAGCAUUGGGAAGAAAGAUAUUUUGGAGGGAUCAAACCGUAGCAUCGUGGAUCAGCUUCCCCAACAAAUUAUUCGCAUGCGAAAGAGGGCAGAGGCAAGUGGGUUGAUGUUUCCGUCGUCACAAACACUUUUUGAGGAAGUGAUGAAGGCGGAUGUUGAGCGGUGUGGAAACACAUCAUCUGACCUUUAUCGUGGCAUCUUCAAUGAUUUUGGCGGUGUAUUUAGUGACGUGCAGGUGGUGAGCACGCGGUACCUUUUAAAAAGGGGAUUUGCGAAUUUCUCUACGUUGGAGGGGACUGUGGAGAUGGUGGCGGGUGCGGCGACCACAACGUACUUUAUAAUGAGUCACGAGUUGGAAACACGGCGUGGGUUGAACUUAACGGACACUCUGUUUAGGACUGCAGUGAAGAAGGGCUGCGCGUUCAGUCAAAUUUCGGCGGGUGUCGGUUAUGAGUGGAAAGAUGGAUCACCUGUUGGACCCCUCGUGAUUCUCAUAGACUGUUUCAAAGGCGUUCAUUCCCGUCAAGAAGGGGCGUCGGAAGACCUUUCUUCUGGUGGACACCAUGUUGUCAUGGCGGGGGGAUUCACACACCCACUUUUAUGCGAACACCUUCCGAAUGAGAUUGUGCUUUCUCGAGUAAUUAAGUAUGGAGAGAAGACGGCGGUUUUUCACGGGCUGUGGCAGGAGGAAAAGGCGAUUGUAAAGCUUUUUCACCCGUACCAUUACUUCAGCUUUCAAGGCUUUUAUGAAUUUGUGCAGGGGAGGGCGAAACGAAGCCCGUUAAUUCAUUACCCGACAUUUAGCUGCUACUCCUCCAAGUACGAUGGAAUCUUUCAGAUUCAGUCUGUUCUUACCGAUCAUGUGACAUUACAAUCGCUCUUGAGUUUAAAGGCGUAUCGUAAGCGAGUAUCAUUAAGGCAGCGGUUGGAGAUUGCCAUCCAGAUUCUCUGCAUCUUUAAGUUUAUGCACGAGGAACACCCUGCUGGCUUCUUUUCAUACGAUGACAACCACCCCAGUCAAUAUCUACUCAAAAAGGAAAAAGACGGUUUCUACACUCUGCGGCUUAUUGAUAUUGAUACCAUACAGAAGGGGAUUGCAGUACCUCUGGCCAAUACGCGGUACCCAUACAGCAAUCUGAGCACACAUUGUCGGUGUUUUUAUUGUCAUGGACGCUCCAAUUGUAUUUUUUUUAAUACAUACGAGGCCUAUGAAGCCUGUGGGCAAUUUCAUGUCAGGAACGCAUGGAGCGUGGAAAUGUCCCACAUAGUGCGUCGUGGGCGUUUGUGCGAUGGUAGCAGUGACAUGUGGUUUCAGGCCCAACUUCUUUUUUUCCUUUUUGAAGGAACCGUGGCGUGGCAGAAUUUGAAAAGAGAAGAGUUGACUCAUCAGAUUCAGUCUGGACUUGUCCCGCCCUUGACGCAAUCGUCGGCGGCAGCGAACCACACAGAGGAGGUGGGCCAACUCUUGUCACGGAUGUUUCGCUCACGACCGACGGAGACGACAGUCCUGAAAGAAUUAAGCGAACUGUGCACGGCGGUGGGUGGCUGCAGGAGACUAAAGGGGUGCCCGGCAGCCGUGCCGCUACCGGCUGGUGGCGAAUACUCCUCGCCGAUGGGUCUCCACCUGAGCCGCUAA